AUUUAAUAUUAAAUGCCAAUUUAGGAUGCUUUAAUUGUAUUUACAUAUUUGCUUCCUGCUACAAUAAGUGUUCUAUAUAUUAUAGGAAUGGCAGUACGAUUCUAUGAUUUACGCUCCAAUUUCUAAACUGAACCCCUUCCCUUUAAUUAUUCAAUCAUUUUGCGGAUUACAUUGUUAACUCUAGAUAUUAGUAAAUUUAUUAUCUACUCAGAGCUGCUGAAUUUAUUGAAUUUAUUCUAAUGUUAACUUUACAUGACCAUUAAUAUUAUUACUUUUCUGGCGUACUCUUUGUUAACAUUUCAGCAAUUAUCAUGCAAAUCAUUUUAAUGGUAAGAUUCUAUACAGAUUUAGACUUAUGAAUAUAAGAAAUAAGUACCCAUGUUCUUUGCUCAUAAAAUCUAUUGGUUCUUAAAUUGGUUAUUUUUAAGUAUCACUCUUGGAUUACUUGCAUUUUAUGUACAUUUUCAUUCCGUAUUUUAGAAUGGGAAUCUAUAUGAAUAUGUAUUACUUUUAUUUCGAAUUUGUGAUUACAUCGUUCUUCUUAUCUUUACAAUCUGUAUAAGAAGAUAGGAUCUUCCAGAAUUCGAGAACUUGGGCUUUUGGAAAAGUGAAUUACCAAUGAUUGAUUUAUCAGAAUCUCAAAGACCAAGAGUAUCUACUGUUAAUAGUAUUUAUUAAAUACUCAUUAGAUUCAUCAAAUUCCACUUUCUUAAAAAUAGAUGUGAAGAAAUAAUGGAAUAUUGUUGAUGACGAUAUUGAAGUCAAAUUAGAUAUGUAUAUUUCUAAUCUUAUUAUUUCCAAGUAUUAUUGUAGGAACAGACAAGCAAUUCAAAAUAAAAAAAAAGAUUUCUCAAAUCUUUGAAUAUCAUUCCUAAUACGUAUUCGAGAAUAAUGAUUAUUUUGAAUAACAUUAAAAUGAUUUACUACAAAUUAAUUUCUUAAUAAAAUAGAUGUAAGAGAGUCAAGAUUUAGCUUUAAUUAGUUCUAUUUAGAGAUACUUUAAUUUUAUUAUAAGUAAGCUUGAAUUGAUUACGUUGUCUUUUGUUGAAUUCAUUUAAUUACAAAAUUAAGAGAAAUUAUUGAUUGAAGAAAUGAAAAUAGCUAAUCAUACUUAAAAUCUACAUAAAUCAUCAAUGAUAGUUAGGAAGAAUUAAAUAAAUAAGAAAUGUAAAUGGGAUAUCUAAUCAUAAUAUCUACCUUAUUUGGAUGCUAGAAUCACAGAAUAUUAAACCAUAAAAAAUCUUACUGAAACUUAUGUACAAUAUACAAUGAUAACAUAAUUUGAAGAUGAAACUCUUAUGGUAUAAAGAAGAUUUAAGGAAUUCUAUGAAUUUAGUGAAGUAAUGAAAAAUAUUACAGAAAUCAAAAGCUUCCCUCCUUUUCCUCAAAAAUCAUUAAUUAAAAUGUCUAAUGAAGAAAUAGAGGAGAGAAAAUAAGAUUUAGAGAUUUUCAUGAGAGUACUAUUGAAUGAUCGAUGUUAUCAUGUUUCAACUCUAUUCAAAUUUAUAGGAAUGUCUCAAUUUUUAGAAGAACAAGUUAAAAAUCUAUAAACAAAAGUAAUUAAGGAAAGUGAAUUGAUAAGAAAAUUAUAGAUAAAAAAUACUGGAUUUGAAGAAGCAGUAGGAAAAGAUGGUGAUAAAUUUAUAAGAUAUUCUUUUGUUAUAGGAACUGGAGAUUUAAAACACACAAUUUGGAAAAGAUUUAGUUAAUUUGAUGAAUUACAUAGUAUAUUAAAAUAAAGGUAUAUGAAUAUAAAAUCAUAGAUAUCCUUUAUUACCUUAAUUACCUUAUAAGACUACAGCAGCAUUAUAGUAAAUAAAUCCAAAUGUCAGAUGUGUAAAUCUUUAAUAAUAUUUACUGGAUUUAAUAAAAGUGCCUACUAUAGGUGAAAAUGCUCAUGUGAGAUAAUUUUUAGAGGUCAGAAAUUUUGAGAAUAGUGUAAAUGAUUCAGGAUUUGGAGGAGGAUCUCUUUCUUAAUUUGAUAACAUUUUGUAAAAAUUAGAUAAUAAUAAUAAAGAUAUAGAAUAAUUGGAAAAUAUGAGAAACAGAUUAUGGUAAUGA